AAAUCUUCCCCUCAACGUAGGGACAUGUCUUGGUUCUUGCAAUAACCGAAGGCAUGGCUCAUCAUGCUCUAUAAAUCUUUCACCAACCGCUUCUUCUAUUGGCACCCAAAAAAAAGCCUGCUACCACCACCAAUCUAUUGCGCCUUAAAAAACAACUCCCUCACGAUUAACAAACUCGUGCAUUCCACCAAUCCCAAGGCACAACAGCAACAAUGUCAGCAACCUUAACAUGUAAACUAGGAGACAACAACCUAAGCUUAAACGAUAAAAACGACCAACCCCCUUCACCUCCUCAGCCCCUACAAAAAUGCCCUGCCAAUAUGGUUUCGAUGGUGGUCUCAGAGCUAAGAAUUCAACGAGGAAUAGCCCUUCCAAUGGUGGCCAUGAAUUUGGCUUGGUUUGCCAAGACAGCCAUCACAACAGCAUUUUUAGGCCGUCUUGGGGAGCUUAGUUUAGCAGGUGGAGCUCUCGGCUUCACUUUUGCUAAUGUCACUGGCUUCUCUGUCCUCAAUGGUCUAUGUGGUGCCAUGGAACCCAUAUGUGGACAGGCUCAUGGUGCCAAAAACUUCAGGCUCCUUCACAAGACCCUUCUCAUGGCAAUCUCGUUGUUGCUAUUGGUAUCACUUCCCAUCACUUUCUUGUGGCUUAAUGUUGACAAGAUUUUGAUCCUUUUUGGCCAGCAACAAGACAUCUCCACUGUUGCCAGGACCUAUGUUUCAUGUCUCAUUCCUGACUUGUUUGUUGCCUCACUCUUCUGCCCCUUAAAAGCCUACUUGAGUUGUCAGAGCAUAACUCUUCCCACCAUGUUUAGUUCUGCUGUGGCACUAGCCUUCCACAUACCAAUUAACUUAGUGCUCUCAAGGACCAUGGGCCUCAGAGGAGUUUCCAUGGCAGUUUGGAUAACUGAUCUUAUUGUCGUGGUUUUGCUAGCCAUUUAUGUUUUAAUUCUUGAGAACAAAAAGGAAAGCAUGUGGAAGGAAGGAGGGUGGUGGGAUCAGAGCAUUGAAGAUUGGAUAAGGCUGCUCAAGCUUUGUGGAUCAUGCUGCCUCAACACAUGCCUUGAGUGGUGGUGUUAUGAGAUUCUAGUUUUACUUACUGGCCACCUCACAAAUGCUAAGCAAGCAGUGGGAGUUUUGGCCAUUGUGCUAAACUUCGACUAUUUGCUUUUCUCAGUGAUGCUGUCACUAGCCACUUGUGUUUCCACACGUGUCUCAAAUGAGCUUGGUGCGAACCAAGCUGGUCUUGCUUACCGAUCAGCAUGUGUGUCUCUGGCAUUGGGCUUUAUCUCUGGUUGCAUAGGUAGCUUGGUGAUGGUGGCUGCCAGGGGAAUUUGGGGGCCACUGUUUAGCCAUGAUAUGGCAAUUAUAAAGGGAGUAAAGAAGACAAUGUUGCUGAUGGCUCUGGUUGAAGUGUUUAAUUUUCCGCUGGCAGUUUGUGGAGGCAUAGUUCGAGGGACAGCACGACCCUGGUUGGGCAUGUACGCGAAUCUAGGUGGAUUUUAUUUCCUUGCUCUGCCACUUGGUGUUGUUUUUGCCUUCAAGCUCUGUCUUGGGCUUGUUGGACUCCUCAUUGGACUUCUGACUGGUAUUGUUACCUGCUUGACGCUGUUAUUGGUAUUUAUUGCGCGGUUAAAUUGGGUGGAGGAAGCUGCCAAGGCACAAACACUAACAGGCCAAGAGCAGGUUAAGGAACUUUCCAAAUAUGACGCAGAAGAACGAAUUGACGCCCAUGAAAAAGAUGUAGUGUAAAAUGAAUAUUAGAAAUUAUUAUCAUCUCCAUCUAACCAAGUUCAUACGUAUCUCCAAGCACCAGGUCACGAUGAAAAAGACAUGGCUUAACCGUGUGCACAAAUUGAAAGCGGGAGAAAGGUCAUACAUACAAUAGCUUAAUUGCCUGUCAUCUGUCAAACCCAUUUUUAGAGUUUCAGUGCUCAAGGACUUUUCCUGAAAAUCACUUAGAAGCAACCGACAUGGUUUAUCUGUCGUUUUAGAUCACUUUCUAUUGCUUUGCUUUUAGUUGUUUAUAUCUUUUUUCUUUCUUU